GAUAAGCUCUCCCUAUCGCUGAGCCCACCCACUUCCACUUUACCGCCCGCGCCCGACUCCGCCUGCUCCCCUCCCCAACCCCGCCGCGGCGGAGCGCUAAACCCUAGGCGUCGGCGGCGGCGGCGGAGGAGGAGGGGGACGAGCCGCGAUGUCGCACUUCGGGAGGUCGGGGCCGCCGGACAUCCGCGACACCUUCUCGCUCCUCGUCCUCAACAUCAGCUUCCGCACCACGGCGGACGACCUCUUCCCGCUCUUCGAGCGCUACGGCAAGGUCGUCGACGUCUUCAUCCCGAGGGACCGGAGGACCGGGGACUCGAGGGGUUUCGCGUUCGUGCGGUACAAGUACGCUGACGAGGCGCAGAAGGCUAUAGAGCGCCUUGACGGCAAAAAUGUGGAUGGGAGGAACAUCAUGGUGCAGUUUGCAAAGUACGGCCCUAAUGCGGAGCCAGUCCGUAAAGGAAGGGUCAUAGAGGUUGUUGAGAAACCACGAGACAGGUCAAGAAGCCGUAGUCCAAGGCCAAGGCACAGAGACAGAGAUCAUAGGAGGCGAAGUCGCAGCAGGAGCAGAGAAAGGCAUGGGCGUGAUAGAGACAGGGACUAUCGUCGCCAGAGCAGAAGCAGAAGCAGAAGUAGAAGCCGAAGUCCGAGUUCAAGUCCUGACCGCAAAAAUCAUCGUAGAGCAAGAGAUGAUGAUAAGCGCAGGAGCAGGAGCAAGAGUAGGAGCAAAAGCAGAAGCAGAAGCAGGAGUAGAAGCCACUCAUACCAUAGUGCUUCACCUGCUCGGCGCAGUGCUAGCCCUCGCAAAAGCUCACCACCAAGGAGGAGCCCCACUCCUGAAAAGCACACCAAUGGAAAGGAUUUGCCUCCAUCACGCAGUGUUUCUCCAUCACCAAAGCAUGCAGGCUCUGGUAGCCCAGGCAGUGAGAGCAAGGAGUAAAGCUUGUUGAUUUGGUGACGCCUAAGAACAAUCUCCCUGGGAUUGCAGAUCAUUGACUGAGCACAUUGGGAGUAAACUGCUAUCAAGGUUGCUAGUACUGUAUGGUUUCUAGAAUUGUGUUUUCCAGUUGUCAAAGUUAUGCAGUUGGUUUGUAUUUCGAUGAUAUUGUGUUUUCAUGCCCAUCUACUGCAUCUACUUUAUAUGCGUUAGACUUCUUGAUACCAUCAUAUUAACUUGUUAAAACAUUUGUGCAUUUUCUA